GAAAUUAAGCCCUGAACCGGAAGGACCCCGAGAGGUCGUCGAAUGGCAACUCCGCCUCCCUCGAACCCGACGACGACGCUCCGAGUCGGCUCUCACUGAUCGCUUCUAGAAGCUUCCGGAAGGCUCCGACCCCCCGCCAUGGCCGCGCCCUUCUUCUCCACGCCUUUCCAGCCCUACGUCUACCAGAGCCAGGAAGGAUCUGUGACGGCGUUCCAGAUAUCCGGCGGCGAUGUGCAGGUCCUGCAGGUGAUGGUUAAGUCACAGGAAAAGUUGACCGUGAAACCAGGUACAAUGUGCUACAUGUCUGGUAAUAUUCAAACGGACAACAACUACUUGCCUGAAAAUGAUGGAGGUGUGUGGCAGUGGAUUUUUGGGAAAAGCAUAAGCAGCAGUGUUUUCUUCAACCCUGGCUCUGAUGAUGGAUAUGUUGGGAUUUCUGCACCAUUUCCUGGGAGAAUACUGCCUAUGGAUCUAGCAAACUUUGGUGGAGAACUUCUUUGCCAGGCAGAUGCUUUUCUCUGCUCAGUUAAUGAUGUGUCAGUCACAAGUACAGUUGAGCAGAGGCCGCGAAACAUUGAAAUUGGUGCAGAGGUGAUCCUCAAACAGAAGCUUAGGGGUCAAGGGAUGGCUUUCCUUGUUGGUGGUGGAUCAGUCAUGCAGAAAAUUCUUGCCCCUCGUGAGGUGAUUACAGUUGACGCUGCUUGUAUUGUGGCUAUGACAACCACCAUCAACUUUCAGUUGAAAACCCCUAACCAACCGAGAAGAGUAGUCUUCAGUGGGGGUAACCAGCUUACAGCAUCUCUCACAGGACCAGGCGUGGUCUUCAUACAGAGCCUACCCUUUCAUCGGCUUUCACAACGCAUUGCAAGUAGAUCAGUGGCCGCUCCGAGCUUGAGGGACAAUCCCAAGUUCUUCAUCCAGAUUGUCAUGUUCUUCUUCCUCGCGUAUGUCAUGAUUGUAUCAUCGAUAAUUCUGACAGAUGUUUAGAUGCUGCAACAAGCUACUAGUCGCGUAUGUCUUAGAGAGUCAUCAAAUUGAAAGAGUAAAAUCUCUUGCAAGUUUGCAACUCAAAGUGCAUUCUCCACCACCGACCCCCUUGUAGAUGUGUCUCACUGGCUCCGUUUCAAGUUGAAAAGAAGGCAGUGCACAACUGUUGUUAGAAAGUUAAAUGCAAAGUUCAAUGAAUCGUUCUUUUGUAAUACUUGCAGCGGCGAGAUCUUGUUGGUCAAUGAGUUCAAUUUUCACAGCAUAUGGUGAAUAUACACUAAGGAGUGAUUAUAUCUGCACUUAUUGGCAGUACAUAUCGCUUAAUAGAUUGUCAGGAUUAUGUAACUAGUAAUCCCUCCUUUUUUAAUAUAUAAACAUUUGUUAAUGACUA